AUGACGAUAGAUAAGCGCGAUUUCGAUGCGAAUCGCCCGCUCCUCCAGGAUACCACUGCAGAACAAGAUACAACCGACCGAAGCCCAGAAUCAUCUCGGCGACAUUCAUGGAACCUCGGUGAUCACGAGCUCUGUCGGGGUGGUGAUGGGCUAUUAAGCGAUGUCGUCGGGGAGAUUGUCGAGCGAGACAGACGGAAGAUGCAGAAGGAGGUCAUCCGAGUGCUUAGCUUUGGCUGGGGUGUUGUUACUUGCUUGGGAGCCGGCAGUAUCACUGCUUUCUCUUUGUAUGGCCAUUUACUCCUUACCCGACUCCAUUACUCGCAGCUCCAGGUCAAUGCCGUUUCCAUCGCCGCCGAAAUCGCAAUGUACCUUCCCGUUCCCUUGUUCGGCUAUUUGUGUGAUCGGUACAGCCCGUCUCCCCUGGCUAUGUUCUCGGGACUGGUCUUCGGCAUCGGAUAUCUUCUCGCGGCGUUCACGUAUAAGAGCGGUCCGCCUGUUGAUGCAGGUGGCUCUGGAUGGCCGUUCUGGGUAAUGAUCGUGGCAUUUAUCGCCAUUGGCAUGGGGACUAGCUGCAUGUAUCUAGCAGCUGUUGCGACAUGUGCCAAGAACUUUGGCAGGGGAAAGCACAAGGGCAUCAUGCUUGCUGUCCCUAUUGCGGCGUUCGGUCUCAGUGGUAUGUGGCAGAGCCAGCUCGGGAUGUAUCUGUUCUAUGAACGUCUCGAGGAUGGGAGUAAGGGUGAUCUCGACGUUUUCCAAUACUUCGUCUUUCUGGCACUUCUGUUGCUGGGAAUUGGUAUCAUCGGCACGUUUGCAUUGCGCAUUGUGGAGGACGAUGAUAAGUAUAUUGAUGAGACGGUCGAAGAAUUAGAGCGCAGUGGACUGCUGGAGGAGAGUGAUUUCUUCCAACCGCGGAAUGAAAUCAGACAAGCGGUUGAAUACGGCACGUUCUCUGAUGCAUUCGACGAGGAGCAAUCAACCCUGUCCGACGAAGAGCGCGAGCAGCAAAGACUAGAGAAGGAACGCGAGGAAGAGGAGCGCCGGAAAAAGAACUGGCUGCUCAACUAUGAAACUCGUGUGUUCCUACAAGACAGCACCAUGUGGUGGCUGGCCGCCGGCUUUUUCUUGGUCACCGGCCCCGGCGAAUCAUACAUCAACAACCUGGGCACAAUCAUCCCAACCUUGACACCUCAAUCCUAUCCCACAGGCGCAUCACCCCCAGCCGGAUCCCCUUCAACCCACGUCACAACCAUAGCCCUAACCUCGACCAUCGCCCGCCUCCUAACAGGCUCACUUUCCGACUUCUUCGCGCCCCCAGCAACACACCUCUUCCCUCCGAUCCCCGAAGGAGCCCACCAUGGACCCUCCACACCCCCUUCAUCCCCACGCAUCACUCUCUCCCGCAUGACCUUCCUCAUUCCCUCAGCCUUCCUCCUCUCCCUAGGCUACCUCCUCCUCGCCUCGCCUCUCCCAUUAGCGCACCCAGGCAUCUUCAACUUGACAACCGCACUAAUCGGCUUCGGGUACGGCAGCGCCUUCUCCCUCGCGCCCAUCAUCAUCUCCGUCGUCUGGGGCGUCGAGAACUUUGCCACGAACUGGGGUAUUGUUGCCAUGAUGCCUGCGGCUGGUGCCGCCCUCUGGGGUGUUGUCUACUCUGCGGCUUAUCAGAAUGCUAUGGAUCGUGGCGAUGAUGGCUUGUCUGAUGGUCAGUGCCAUGGAUGGCGGUGCUAUGGGUUCUGGGCUGUUGGUUGCACGGUUAGUGUUUGGAUUGCUGUUUUGGCUUGGUUGGCUGCCUGGAGGGGGUGGAAGAGGAGGGGGGUUGUUGUUUAG